GUCCUCUGGGUCAUCGGUUUUUGUACAAGCUCAACCUCAGGGUUCGAUACCCAUCGCUUUUAAUUCCCUAGAGCAGCAAGUGCGGCUCUCGCUUUAAAGUACUGAAUUUUCGUUUCUUCAGGUUCGAAAGUGUUCAUCGCUGUUGAAACUCGCAUCGAAACAUAUUCGAGAGCGUGGUGGGUGAGGGAAGUGUGGUGAGCCGACAACCUCUUGUUACAACAUGGGAUCCAAUUCUUCUGCCUGGAUGAUCUUUACGGGAGUGUCUCUGCUUGGUGAAUUGAGGCGGGAGUUUCGAUUUCUUCAUAAAACUAUCCGUUGCCUCAUCCGCAUAACUCACAUCGGACCCCAGGGUUGGCCAGUAUCAAGCAAAUCGAAAGUCGGAUUGUGGCUGAAGAUAAGAUUUCCGAUUUCUACAUUAGUGUGUUGGUUGUCGGCCUUAGGAACCCCGUGGCAAGGGCAACGGGGCGACCCUUGCCUGGCAAGAUACUCAUUAGUGAUGCACAUUCUAGUAUUGCUGAGGUUCUCUUGUGGCCUGAUGUCGAAGAGGGUCCAGGCAAGCAUGGUGUCGAAGUUGUUAGGGAAGUAAUCGCGAAGCUCGAUAUUGGAAAGGUCUACAACAUGUACCACAUCAAUGCAACCAUUGGCAAAGAAAACUGGUCACGGAUUGGUGGGCUGAAGAUACAUUUCGACUGGAUCCAUCGAUGCACGUGCAUGGUGGAAACCACCAGUCCUACGAACGUCUCCAUAACCAACAUCUCCACAUCAAGCCUGAAGGAUUUUUACAACGAAAACAACCAUGCACCCAUUCCUUGCAUCGCAGUGAAGCUCGGCAUUACAUCUCUCGAUCCCAAGAGCAAAGUGCCCAAGCUGGUGACAACAAUCCAGGACUCAUCGAUGAAGAGUGUACUCCUUGCAAUCGAUCAGAUAGCGUCGACCAUUGUGGCAUGCGGUGAGGAGUAUCGUGCCAAAAACGAUGACAGUGCGUUCGUUCCUGUCCUACUGAAUGAUGUGAACGUCAAGUCUACAAUGUUUAUGACAACGGCCAAAACAGAAGUUCGUGUACUAGAAGUAGCGCGUGCAGAUUCCAUUCCUGAUGUGCCUCCGCCACAAGAGACUCUGGAAUUGGGACUUCUCCAACUACAACUAUCUUCACAAGUCUCGAGACUUAGAUUUGAGGCCCGAGUUGCUGCGAAGUGUGAUCCGAGACUUCCAGACAUCAGAUUUCCUCCAUUCAACAGAUUCGGCACAUCAAAAUGUUCUUGAUGCACUCAAGAAGCAACUGCGAGCUAAGAUACAUUUUCGGCUCGAAGAGGACCGUGUCGUAAAGACAAUACU